AUGGCAUCCAUCACCGCACACUCUCCGGCAAUCAAUUAUCUCACAGAUGCUGCACAUGUGCUUCGGAAUGCAGCUCCAGAAACGUCAGCGCAUCUUCUGAGCCAGCGAGCAGCGCUUCUCUACGCUCACGACAUGGCGCCUUCAGACCUUCAGCGACAGCUUGUCUGCGCUGCUUGCGGCCACAUCAUGAUCCCGGGACAAGCAACAGAGCUGAAGCUAGAAACUCUUAGAACAAGGAGGCCAAAGGGAAGAAGAGCGCAAUCUUCAGCUUUAGACAAGACGGCGAGGCCUGGCUCUGCGCGAGAGCGGUCGAAAGAUUUCUCCUGCGGCUUCUGCGCCAGGGUCACCAGAAUUUCUCUCCCAGCCCCUGAAGCUAUUACGCGCCGCAAAGUCACCAAAUCAAGGAUACAAGACUCUACAACUAACAACGAGGUCCAAAAGCCAGCGACGGCAAAUGCCAGCAGCAAGAAGCGCGCCAAGAAUCGCAAGGCCGGGCUACAGGCUCUGCUAUCCGGCCAACAGCAGCGCCAAUCAAAUCCGCUGUCGCUUGCAAGCUUUAUGAAGAAAUGA